GGGGAAGGUUUUCUCGUGUUCCAUCCCACAAAAAUCUAGAUUGCAAUGCGUUACCGUUCAACGAGAGGGAAGUCAACGAACCUCUCUUUUGAGGAGGCGGUCUUUGAAGGUCUGGCGACCGACGGAGGACUUUACAUUCCACACCAUGUUCCUACAGUGCCACUCUCUGAGAUCCUCUCGUGGGCAGACCUGCCCUUUCCAAAGCUGGCAGCUAAGAUCUUUCGCAAAUUCAUUGCAGAGCAGGAAAUACCCGACAAGGAUCUGGAGGAUAUAUUGACUCGCUCAUUCGCCACCUUUUCUACCCCGGAAGUCACUCCAUUGACAAAGUUGCCUAACGUGCGGCCAGAACUAGGCAAUCACAACUUCGAUAAUCUCUAUGUGUUGGAGCUCUUCCGUGGGCCUACAUUUGCCUUCAAGGAUGUGGCAUUGCAGGUUCUCGGGAAUCUGUUCGAGUACUUUCUAGCCAGAAGGAACAGAGGAAGUGUUGAGCAAUAUGGCAUCACUGUGUUGGGGGCCACCAGUGGAGACACCGGUGGUGCUGCCAUCUAUGGGCUGCGAGGGAAGAAGAAUGUAAAUGUCUUCAUUCUUCACCCCAAAGGUCGUAUCUCGCCUGUGCAAGAGCAGCAGAUGACCAGUGUUCUCGAUGAAAAUGUCCACAACGUGGCUGUGGAAGGUACCUUUGACGAUUGUCAGGAUAUUGUAAAGACACUCUUCGGAGACGAACCAUUUCGGCGACGAUUCCACCUUGCUGCCAUCAACUCGAUCAACUGGGCACGUAUCCUUGCUCAAACCACCUACUACUUCUACUCGUACUUCACACUGUUAAAGCGCAUUGGUGCGCCUUCCGGUGCAACAAGUUAUGCAGCGUUGACCAAAGUUCAAUACAGUGUGCCCACUGGAAAUUUUGGCGAUAUUCUGGCAGGGUAUUAUGCCGUCCGAAUGGGUCUUCCGAUUGAAAGACUUAUUGUUGCUACUAAUGAGAACGACAUCCUACAUCGAUUCUUCCAGACCGGAAGAUACGAGAAGAAGAAGGCCGGCUCUGGGGAUGAAGAAGUACGACAAACUCUGUCUCCUGCUAUGGACAUUUUAGUGAGCUCGAACUUUGAGCGACUCAUAUGGUACCUUUCCCGAGGCGAUGGUCGACAUACAGGAGCGGACGCUGAGACGGAAGAAAAGGCGCAAGUCGCCAGUGCCACUAUCGCUCAAUGGAUGUCCGACUUAAAAGCGAAGGGUGGUUUCAGCGUUCCGGAAGAUGUACUCGCCCGUGCAAAGGAGGUUUUCUCGUCAUUUUGCACGUCUGACGCACAGACUACGGACGCCAUACAACGAUAUUAUCACCACCAGUUCAGCCUGCCUUAUGAGCCCACCCCUUCACAUGCCGGCGCAGAUUCGGGAUGCCCGGCUUAUGUACUGGACCCUCACACGGCGGUUGGAGUUGUGGCUGCGGAGAAUUUCAUUCAGAACGGAGGAUCCGCUACUGCCUAUACCAUCUGCUUAUCCACUGCAAGCCCCGGCAAAUUCCCUGAGGCUGUGCUGAAGGCGAUAAAUGAGAAUGUACCGAAUACUUCAUUACAGAGAGGGUUUAAGGCAGUUAGUUAUGCAGAUAUUGCCCCACGUCAGCUAGUGGAAUUGGAAGGACUGCCAAAACGCUGCGUAGACAUCUCGACUGACGGAGGAAAGAAGGAACUUGGGCUAGAAGGAGUGAGGAACACUAUAGAGGAGAAAGUAGGAGCUGGUUUUCCAGCCGUGGCGGCCGCAAAGAUUUAAAAUGGAUGUAUUAUAUGAAUCAACUAUAUUGCAAUAGCAAUUUUCUGUCGCUACUCGAAA